AUGUCUGCUCCGAAUUCACCCCGGCUCAUCGACUCUUUCACCGCCCCGAAGGACGUUCUCAGGGAGUUCGAGGAGCUCGCCGAGGAAGAGGACGUCGACCCUUUCGCAGAGACGGCCUCGAAACGUCAGAUUGCUCAGCGCCAGGGCGACUACCACAAACGACGAUUCAACCGCACUGCGAACGAGUCUGCCGAUGCUUUUGCGGAUGGAGAAGAGGGUGCCGAAGGCGAGGGAGGAUAUAAGGAGGCUAUGAGGCUGCAGAGGUUGGAGAAGGAGGAGCAGAGGGUGAGGAGAGCUAUCGAGGAGAAGGAGAAGCAGGACAGGGAAGAGGGCAAGAUGAAGAUGGACCUCGACAAGACGCCGCCUGCGAAGGACAUCGAGGAGGCCGCGCAGGAGCUUGCCAAUGCGGCCGCUGCUGGACAGAAGCGCAAGCGUCGGUGGGACGUCGCGGAGCCGGAGAAGGCAGAGGAGAAGAAGGAGAACGAGGCACCUGGAGAGUGGUCGGCUGAGGCUCUGGAGGCCUCAGCGCCGAAAAAGAGACGGUCAAGGUGGGACGCUACUCCUGCUGAUGUCGCUGCUGUUGGAGAGACUCCCAAACGUUCUCGUUGGGACCAGACACCCGUUGCCGGCCAAGGCCCCGUCGAAGUACCCAUGACGCCUAUCAUCAUGAACGCGCCAGGCUUCAUGCAGGAGGAGAAGCACAACCGCUAUCUCACCGACGAGGAACUCGACGCUGUCUUGCCUUCUCAGGGAUACGCCAUUGUCACCCCACCUCCCGGCUAUGCUCCCUCUGUCGCUCCUAGGAAACUCCAGGCGACCCCCGUCGCCGACCUUGGUGGCUUCCAGAUUCAAGAGAGCUCUGAUGCAGCAGCAAUGGCUGCUGCUGCCGGUCUUGCACCCGAACUACCCACAGAUAUUCCUGGCGUCGGCAACCUCGCGUUCUUCAAGGCGGAGGAUGCUCAAUAUUUUGCCAAAAUUCUCAAGGAGGAGGACGAGACAGAACUCUCCGUCGACGAGAUGAAGGAGCGCAAGAUUAUGCGCCUGCUUCUCAAAAUCAAGAACGGCACGCCACCCGUUCGAAAGACCGCUCUGCGGCAGAUCACCGACAAGGCCCGCGACUUUGGCGCAGGUCCCCUCUUCGACAAGAUUCUCCCUCUUCUUAUGGAACGGACCCUCGAGGAUCAAGAGCGUCACUUGCUCGUCAAGGUCAUUGACCGUGUCCUCUACAAACUCGAUGAUCUCGUUAGGCCGUACGUCCACAAAAUUCUCGUCGUCAUUGAGCCCUUGCUCAUUGACGAAGACUACUACGCCCGUGUCGAAGGACGCGAGAUUAUCUCCAACUUGUCCAAAGCUGCUGGUCUUGCGCAUAUGAUUUCCACCAUGCGACCCGAUAUAGACCACGCCGACGAAUAUGUCCGUAAUACCACAGCCCGUGCAUUCUCAGUCGUAGCGUCUGCUCUCGGUAUUCCCUCGCUCCUGCCCUUUUUGAAAGCCGUCUGUCGUUCCAAGAAGUCGUGGCAGGCUCGCCACACCGGUAUCCGUAUUGUUCAGCAGAUUGCGAUCAUGAUGGGCUGCGCCGUACUCCCCCACCUCCGCAAUCUCGUGGACUGUAUCGCCCACGGUCUCUCGGACGAACAGCAGAAGGUCCGAACCAUGACUGCACUCGGAUUGGCUGCCCUCGCCGAAGCCGCUGCUCCCUACGGUAUCGAAUCGUUCGACAACGUCCUCAAGCCCCUUUGGCUCGGUAUCCGUCUUCACCGUGGUAAAGGUCUUGCCGCCUUCCUCAAGGCCAUUGGUUUCAUCAUCCCCCUCAUGGACCCGGAAUACGCCUCUUACUACACCAAAGAAGUCACUGUCAUCCUCAUCCGAGAGUUCCAAACGUCAGACGAAGAGAUGAAGAAGAUCGUUCUCAAAGUCGUCAAGCAGUGCGCCGCCACCGAAGGUGUCACGCCAGGCUAUAUUCGCAAGGAUAUCCUCCCAGACUUCUUCAAGGCAUUCUGGGUCAGGCGCAUGGCGCUCGAUAGGAGGAACUACCGACAGGUCGUGGAGACGACGGUCGAGUUGGCUCAGAAGGCGGGAGCGGCGGAAAUCAUUGGGAGGAUCGUGAAUGAGCUGAAGGACGAGGCGGAGCCGUAUAGGAAGAUGGUUAUGGAGACGAUCACGAAGGUUGUGGCGAGUUUGGGAGCGUCGGAUAUCGAUGAGAGGCUGGAGGUUAGGUUGGUCGACGGGAUUAUCUACUCGUUCCAGGAGCAGACGACAGAGGACCAGGUCAUGUUGGAUGGGUUUGGAACCGUCGUCAAUGCUCUUGGUAUCCGCGUCAAGCCAUACUUGACCCAGAUCGUCUCGACGAUCCUUUGGCGUCUCAAUAAUAAGAGUGCGAAAGUCCGCCAACAGGCUGCCGAUCUCACCACGCGGUUGGCUGUGGUGAUCAAGCAGUGUGGCGAGGACCAACUGCUGAGCAAACUCGGCUUGGUGUUGUUCGAGCAGUUGGGAGAGGAGUAUCCUGAUACACUCGGUAGUAUCAUCGCUGCUGAGGGUGCUAUCGCCAACGUCGUGGGUAUGACACAGAUGAACCCACCUGUAAAGGAUCUUUUGCCCCGGAUGACACCUAUUCUUCGUAACCGUCACGAGAAGGUGCAGGAAGCAUCCAUCAACUUGAUCGGUCGUAUCGCCGAUCGUGGUGCCGAGUUCGUCCCCGCUCGCGAAUGGAUGCGUAUCUGUUUCGAGCUCCUCGAUCUCCUCAAAGCGCACAAGAAAGGCAUCCGUCGCGCGGCCGUCAACUCCUUCGGCUACAUCGCCAAAUCGCUCGGUCCACAAGACGUCCUCUCCGUCCUCCUCACCAACCUCCGCGUCCAAGAACGUCAGUCCCGAGUGUGUAGUACCGUCGCCAUCGCCAUCGUCGCCGAGACCUGCGGUCCCUUCACCUGCAUCCCCGCCAUCCUCAACGAAUAUCGUACCGCCGAACUCAACGUCCGCACGGGCUGUCUGAAAGCCCUCUCGUUCGUGUUCGAGUAUGUCGGUCCUCAAUCGGCUUACUAUGUCGACUCGGUCGUCACCAUGCUCGAAGACGCACUGACGGACCGUGAUCUCGUGCAUCGUCAAACGGCAAGCACGAUCGUCAAACAUCUCGCGCUCGGUGUCGCCGGUCUCGGCUGCGAAGACUCGAUGAUGCAUCUCAUGAACCUCGUCUGGCCGAACUGUUUCGAGACCUCGCCGCACGUUAUCGGAGCGGUCAUGGACGCGAUCGAGGCGAUGAGGGUGACGCUGGGGCCGGGCGUGCUGUUGAACUAUGUCCUUCAGGGUCUGUUCCAUCCGGCGAGGAAGGUCAGGGAGGUGUAUUGGAGGGUUUAUAAUGCGCUGUAUCUUGGGGCGGAAGAUGCGCUGGUGCCGUUUUAUCCGGAUUUGUCGGAGUUGAGCGAGGGGCAGAAUGUUUAUGAUAGGCAUCCUUUACAGGUGUUCAUCUAG